AUGAUGGAUCAGCAGGCAACGGCGCAACACAGUGCGUGCAGGGAGGCGCUGGCCAGGGCGCUCGUCCCGUACUACCCGCUCGCGGGCCGCCUCCGCGAGGAGCAAGGGAGGAAGCUCGUCGUCGACUGCGCCGGCCAGGGCGUCUUGUUCGCGGCGGACGACGCCGACCUCACCGCCGAUGACUUCGGCGACGUGAAGAGCCCGCCGUUCCCGUGCUUCGAGCGCUUCAUUCUGGAGAGCACCACCAUUGCCGGCGUCGACCGGCCCCUGUUGUACGUUCAGGUGACGAGGCUCAAGUGCGGAGGCUUCGUGUUCGGGCGGCGGAUCUGCCACUGCCUGGUGGACGCGCCGGGAGCCAUGCAGUUCGAGAAGGCCGUCUGCGAGUUCGCGCGGGGCGCCGAGGCGCCGUCGCUGGCGCCAACGUGGGGCAGGGAGACGUCCAUGGCGCGGCGGCCCCCGCGGCCGUCGUACCGGCACCUCGAGUACCUCGAGCCGGCGGGCGGGCCCGACCGGAUGAUGUCGGCGCCUCCCGGCGACAUGGCCCGCGUCCCGUUCUUCUUCGGGCCACGGGAGAUCGCCGGGCUGCGCCAGCGCGCGCCCCCGCACAUGCGCGGCAGCUGCUCCCGUUUCGAGCUGGUGGCCGCCGGCGUCUGGCGCAGCCAGGCGGCGGCGCUCGAGUACGCGCCCGACGAGGAGGUGCGCCUCUCCUUCAUCGUGAACGCGCGCGGCCGCGCCGGCAUCCCGCUCCCGGAGGGCUUCUACGGGAACGCGUUCGGGUACUCCGUGGCGGCGACCACCGCCGGGGAGCUCUGCGGCAGGGACCUCGGGUACGCCUUGGAGCUGGUGAAGAAGGCCAAGGCGGCGGUGACGCACGACUACCUGCUGUCGGUGGCGGACCUGAUGGUGCUCACGGGGCGGCCGCUGUUCGCGCUGUCGAGGACGUACAUCGUGUCGGACGUGAGCCACGCGGGGUUCAAGAGCGUGGACUUCGGGUGGGGGGAGGCCGUCUAUGACGGGCCGGCCAAGGGCGGGGAAGGGCCGCUUCCCGGCGUGACCAACUACUUCUCGCGGGCCAAGAACGGCAAGGGGGAGGAGUGCACGGUGGUGCCUGUUUGCCUGCCCAAGGACGCCAUGGAGAAGUUCCAGCUUGAGGUGGAAGCCCUCACAGCGGAGCUCUAG